CGAAACCGCUCCAUUCAUCCUCCUCAUACGGAAGAAACAAAUAGGUGGCGUUUUUCUGUUGAAGUACAGUUUACUCCUCCAACCGCGAGAGUACAAGUCACUUUGAGCGAUAAAUAAAAUACCGGAUACUUCCCUCACGAUAUUUGGAGAGGUGUAAAAAGAUGGGGAAACACAACAGCAAGCUUGCUCCUGAGGUGCUAGACGAUUUGACCAAGAGUACAGAGUUCAAUGAAGUUGAGCUGAAGCAGUGGUAUAAGGGAUUUCUGAAGGACUGUCCAACUGGCAUCCUCAAUCUGGAAGAAUUCCAGCAACUUUAUGUCAAGUUCUUCCCUUAUGGCGAUGCUUCAAAAUUCGCUCAGCAUGCCUUUCGGACAUUUGACAAAAAUGGUGAUGGUACCAUUGACUUCAGAGAGUUCAUCUGCGCACUGUCCAUCACUUCCAGGGGAAGUUUUGAGCAGAAACUCAACUGGGCCUUCAACAUGUACGACCUAGACGGAGAUGGCAAGAUCACACGCAUGGAGAUGCUGGAGAUCAUUGAGGCAAUCUACAAGAUGGUUGGAACGGUGAUCAUGAUGCGUAUGAACGAGGACGGGCUGACCCCACAGCAGCGUGUGGACAAAAUCUUCAGCAAGAUGGACAAGGACCACAACGAUGAGAUCACGCUGGAGGAGUUCAAAGAGGCGGCCAAGAGCGACCCCUCCAUUGUUCUGUUACUGCAAUGUGACAUGCAGAAGUAAGAAAGGAGAGGAGGGAGAUGAGUGAAGGAGGCUGGGGGGUGUAGGGAGAGGAGGAGAACCAUGUACAGACUUCUAGAGAGAUGUAGGUAAUAGAUGCUGAGAGAA